AAUAGCCAAUCCACACAUACAUUAAGAAGGCCUCGUCUCUCACUCUCUUAUCCAUCUCUCAAACACAACACAAUGUCCCUAACCUCCUCUCUCCUUCAACUCUCCCUCGUCCCUCCAUUGAAAUCUCCCAAGCUCGCAACAGAAUUCCUUCAUGGGUCCUCACCAAUCACCCUCCUCAGCAAACCCUCUACCUCUCUCUCCUCACCAAACCCUCAUCCCCACACUUUCCUCCCCCCAAUUCGGGCCAUGAAGACGUUGCAGGGGCGAGUCGUGUGUGCCGCCAGCGACAAGACUGUGGCAGUGGAGGUGGUUCGUCUCGCUCCGCAUCCCAAGUACAAGCGAAGGGUCAGGAAGAAGAAGAAGUACCAAGCUCACGACCCAGAGAACCAAUUCAAAGUUGGGGACUUUGUUCAGCUUGAAAAAAGCAGACCCAUUAGCAAAACCAAGACUUUCGUUGCUGUUCCGGCCCCCAAAAGGAAUGCGCCGAAGCUGAAGGAGGUUGCGCCGCCGGCAGAGCUCGGUCUUGAAUUGGAGUCUCAGCAAGCUUAGAGUGAGCUUUGUUGGAUUUUAGCUUCAGCUACUGUGUUUGACUUUCUGUUGUUAGUUUGAGAUUAUGCUUUUGAAAUGCUAUGUGACAUAUACUGCGUUUUGAAUUGAAUUGAAUGUUCGAUGUUUCA